UUGAUAUCAAGCCGCUAACAUAACCGUUGCAUUACGCUUAUUCGCCGCGCAGUUGCGUGCACGCAGAUCGCGCAUUAUGUCACGUUUAAUUUUAUUCAUCAAAACUCCAAAGGCAUCAAGUUAUUGAAAUCAGUUGCUUUUGUAACGCUGCCGGUGCCGAUUGAAUUGAAACUCUGCAUUGGUUUACUUCUCAACGGGCGCCAGCAGGAUUGGGACCAUGGCAACAGUUCAGCGUUUGAAGGGAUUCAUUUUCCUUGCUUUUCUUUACUAUACUGGCUUAUUCGGCACCAUCGUUAUCAUGGGCCCGACUUUAAUUCUUCUGUGUUUACGGCCGAGGUGGUUUCGCUGGGUUAAUGACCACCUCACGGUGUGGUGGCUUGUUCUUCCCCCGACGUUAUUGGAGAUGAUGUUUGGAGUCAAGAUUGUAGUCACUGGGGACAAGCCUCCAAAGAGUGAGAACUCUGUUAUCAUCAUGAACCACAGAUGCCGACUUGAUUGGAUGUUCUUUUGGAGUUUUGUGGCACGAUAUGGCGAGUUGAAGCACGAGAAGAUAAUAAUGAAACGUGAACUCAAACAUAUUCCUGGUCCAGGUUGGGCCAUGCAGAAUGCCCUUUACAUUUUCUUGCACCGCCGUUGGGAGAGAGAUGAAAGCUACCUUAAUUCAGUUCUCAGUUACUUUGUCAAUUCAUCAGAUAGUCUUCAGCUACUCUUGUUUCCUGAGGGUACCAACUUUGAGGAGGCUAGCAAACAGAAAAGUGAUUCCUUUGCAACAAAAAAUAAUCUUCCCUUUUAUGACUAUGUUCUACAUCCACGUGUACGUGGCUUCACGUACUGUGUUGAGAAACUUCGUCAGGGGAAUGUAGAUGCUAUUCUUGAUGUCACCGUUGGUUAUUCUGAAAAUUACUGUUUUGAAGAAGUUGAUCUACUGAAAGGAAAUGUACCAAGUGAAAUUCAUUUUCACAUUCAGCGAUAUUCCAAUGAUGCACUUCCACAAGAUACACAAGGUCUUGAAGAAUGGUGCUGUAAGCAAUGGAUGCAGAAAGAGGAUAGACUGAGAAAAUUUUACACCAAGGAGAAACAUUUUGGCCCUCCUUCUGAAAUAGCAAGUGAACAACAGAAUGAGAUCCAGUUAGCUGUGAGUUAUCUGUUUAAAAAAGGGCUCAUCUUCUGGCUUCUGUUCACAAUCUGUUCGUCAGUUCUUCUGUACAUGUCUGCAAUGGUGAGAUGGUAUGUUUUAAUUAUUGGAAUUGUAUAUUUAACACUUUCCUGUUUUGGGGGAACAGAUGAAAUAUUUUUACAGCUGAUACAGAAGUCAAUGGAUACCAAGACAAAGUGAGGCGUCUUAAGACAUGUAUUAUGCAUCAGAUCCUGGUGAGCAGUGGUCAGAGUCAUGGUCAAUCCUUGGCUGACAUGCAAAUGGUGUUAGCUCUGGUUGCUUCUAUUCAAGUAAAGUUGAAUUUCAGACCUGGCAAGUGUGAUUUAUUUAACAUUUCACUCCUAGGUGCUUCAUGUCAAUUUUCUGCGCUGUAUAUCAUACAUUUCUUAGAAGCUUUUGAGCUAUGGCUCCCAGAGUAUCGUGUGAAAUCAAACAGUACUUUUCUUUAGUUGAAAUUGCUUUCUUGUUAUCACAGGACAAAAUUGCAAGAAUCUGUUAACGGAAACGUGGCAGAAACAUGUUAAAACUGUUCUGGAAACACGAUGGAUAACCUGUGUUUCCGUUACUGGUUUCGUGACGUUUUCUCGCGUUUCCAUUGCUGUGUAUACAACGGAACCGGACCACUUUUUGUGCAUGUUAAACAUAACGGAAACAUGGAGUUGCAUGUUUCCGCCACGUUUCAGAAAUACGGAAACAUGUGAUUUUGUCCUGUGUAUGACCUUGAAGAUUGAAGGUGCAUUGAUUUUGUAAAAGGAAAUUGCAUAUUGGUCACUUGUGGACGUGUAAUUGUUAACCCUUUAAUUCCCAAGAUUUGAAUGUUAAUUCUCCCCUCUAUGCGACACUUAUCCUUGUUUAUUGGUUACAUGAAUUUGGUGUUAGAUCAAGGUAACAACUUCUACCUGAUGAUUUGGGUAUUCUCAUUACCUGUUUGCUGGAUAAUGUAUGGAUAUUAUAGGGAGAAGUUACAUGUUAAUCACUUCUGGAAGUUAUAGGGUUAAGGGACUGGGUCAUGUAAGUUAAGGCAAUUUCACCUCAUACAAGUUAUUGAUCAAAUUGGCAGAAAGUAGAAUAUAUAACAAUAAGCAAUUAAUCAAGGUGACUGCUCAGGAAAAAAGUUAUCUAACAAACCUUUUUUUUUAAACUUUCCUUAAGUGUUCCUAUCCAAUGUCUGUUUUGAAAGAGAUAUAACAGGCCAAACUCACCCCAUUUAUGCCUGUACUGGCACCUAUCAUGCACAUUAUUUUAUCUGUUCAUGGUAAAUUUUGCAGUAGCCGGAAGUGAGGGUUUCUAAAGUAACAAUUAAAAAAACUUGAUAGAUAGAAGGUCUUGAGCGCAUGAAAAAAUCACACAAUCACAAACAACAUUGAUUCAAAACAUUCUUCGAGUCAUGGCUUUCAAGCUUACAAAAAGUUUGUGUCGUCAAGUAAUGUGCUUCACACAGGAUUUUAGCUAUGUCUUGUUUUCCCUUCAAUUAAUUUUUUUUAAUUCCUCCAAUUUGAAGGGGAUAAUUUGUACACCAAAAUUAUGCAAUAAAAAAUUUAGGUCACCAUGUUCAUUUAAGAGCUAAAGAACAUUGCACCUUUUUACUUGAACCAUUGAUUGAAAAACAAUACCAUGUUCUUGGAAUGCGGGCAAGCUUAUUUGCCUGAUUAUGUGAUUUUUAU